UGAGUUAAGCUCCCGAUUGGAUGCCACGUUAAAAGAACCAAGCCCGGGGCCGGGCGGUGCGGAGGAUUCGCCGUUACCCCCGCGGAGGUGCCGUGGGGCGCCGCCGCAGCCGCGCCCUGCCUUGGGCGCCGGCGGCGACGGCCGCAGCGCCAGCGAGCCGGGCCCGCGCCACGUGGCAGCGGCAGCCACAGCCCCGACUGCCAGCCGCCGCCUGCAGCAGCGCGGCUGGCCGAGCUCUGCCUCUGCGCGGCGGGGCCGCGGCGGGCGGCGGCGGCGGCGGCGAGCGGCGGCGCGUGCGGCGGCGGGGCGCGGCUGGCAGCCCGCUGGGCGUGGACAGCGCGCUUCCGCCGCUGGCCGGCGUCUCGGGCGACAGCGGGAGAAGGUGCCGCGGGAGCAGGCCGGGGGGCGCCUGCUGGGGCGGCUGGCCGAGGAAGCCCACUCGCCCACCGCCCUGCUGCUCAGGCGCAGCCGGCUGCUGGUGGUGGAGGACGCCAGCGACCCCGACGUGCUGUUCCUGCCGCUGGGGCUGUCGCUGGGGCUGGGGCUAGCGUGCGCGCAGCCGCCGCCGCCGCCGCGGCACAGCUUCCCCCCGGCGCGCGGCCUGCUGCCCUUCCAGCACGUGAUGCGCAGCUUCUCCGACUCGCAGCUCUGCCUCCGGCUGGGCUGCUGCCCCGCGCCCUCCCACGCCCACGCCCACGACUCGCCCGCCUGCUCCUCGCCCUCCGUGCUCGUGCUCGACGUCACCGCCACCGCCCCCGCGCCCGCCGGGUAAGCGCCUCCCUUACACACGUGCACUACACUUACGGGACUAACGACCUUAGGAGUUGACGCGCCUGAAUCACUGACAGUCAGCCAAUCCAAGCAAUCUCAUUACGAGCAGAACAUUAUAGAGACAAGCAAGGAUAAUUUAAUGUAUUUAUAUUUUAAGUAAACGAGG